CCUCCUCCGUGCUCCAGCGCCCGCUGGCUGCCUGUCAUUCGUCCGAAGCCAGCCGGUGCGAUCGUGGCGCUGACGGAGUGGAGCAGCGAGAGCCGCAUGUAAAUGAACACCUCCACCUUCGAGCAGCUGUCACCUGAGGAUCCAGCGGGGCGCACCGACUGUCCCGUCCCCGCUCCGUCGGCGAGCUGACCUUAAACAUCUCGUACGGAGAGAAAGAGGUUAAACUGCACUACUUUGGAGCACAAACGCUGACCAAUAAUCGCUGCCGUGUGGCGCCGCCGUCUCUCGCUACAACACGCCCGGUCGUCUCUGUGUUCAGAAGAGCGCCUCUCUGCCGACCCCUGCUGAUCAUGCGGAGCGUGUGUGCGGUGGUCCUGGCACUCGCCGCUGCCACCCUCAGCUGGGCGGACUCGGACACACACAGGCCGAGACAUGACUCCAACCUGGAGAUCUACAAGCGACUGUUUGAGACCAAGAGGAAAGAUCAGCUGAACGCGCUCAAGAAUCUGGUAGAGCUGAACGACAUCAAUCAGCAGUACAAGAUCAUAGACAUCAUGCUCAAAGGACUCUUCAAGGUGUUAGAGGACUCCAGACAAGUCCUGGUUGCAGCCAAUAUGCAGCCUGACGACCCUUUCCCAAUGGACGAUAAGAUCAAAGAAGCUUACUCCCAUGUGGUGGAGAAUACAGCAUUUUUUGGCGACGUGGCGUUGCGUUUCCCACGCAUUGUCCACCACUACUACGACCGGAACUCUGACUGGGGAGGCCUGCUGCGCUGGGGGCUGAACUUCUGUAACCAGACAGGGGUUUUCACAGGAGGAGCCCACCAGCACGUCCUCACACUUAUGUCACAGGAGCUGGGAAUAACAGAGAAAGCCCCAGACUUUAUAAACCCGUACCGCACAGAGAGAGACGAUGUGCUUCACACUGCCGAGGCUUUCCAGAAGAUCCUGAGGGAGGAGGAGAAGAGGAGGAGGAAAGAAGAGAAGAGGAAAGAAAUCAGGAAAGGCCCUCGCAUCUCCCGCUCCCGCACCGAGCUAUAGCGCUGCCCCUCAGUGCUUGUGGUAGAGCAGAGGAGAGGGAAGAGGAAGGAUGGAGCAUACGCACAGUCCACAAGGGGUGGCUUGACUUGUAGACUCCGACGACAGUGCAGGAAAUCAAAGCUGUCAUCACUUGUACAAAAGCCAGGUGCUCUGUCGAAAACGAGUGGAAACCUCAAACUGACUCAAAAAAAAAGUGAAGUGGAGGUUUGUCAGUUUCUGGCAAAAGCCUGAAUUGCUGUACAUCUACAGCGAUUUAUAAUUGGAAAAUCUAGCGUUGUGUAAGAGGUAAAAGACAUCUCGGAAUAGGAGUUGAUAAGGGAAACUCAUUUUUGAUAACUUGAGUAUUACAUAACUGUACUUUGGAAUAUAAUUCAUUUUAGUAUAAUACAUUUGCUUCACAACUUUGCAGAACCCCACUGUAUUGUGUCUGGUCUAGAUUUAAUGUGUUUAAAACCCAUAUGCUUCAAUUACAUGUGGUUGCCAAAUAUAGAUUUGACCUCACCUCAUUCAAUUUGGCCUGUUUCUGGUUAGGUUAAGCUUGAAUUGAUGAUGGAAUACAAUUUCAUUUUUGUUUCCUUUUUUUUGCUCGAGCUGAGCUUUAUUAGAGAGAUUUCCAGAGGGAUGUUUGUGAAUAGGCAGAUUAAGUUUUUAUUGCUGCUGAAACUUUGAAGGAAGAAUCCUAUGUUUUGUUUCCCCAAAGGGUAAUAUAAUGGUAUAUGAAUUAGUUCCUUUUUUGUAUGUAUUUUUGAACAAUUCUUAUUUUAUCACCAUUCAAUGGGAUCAUCUGUGAACUUUCCUUUGACAUUUUUUGCCCAUCUCUCUGUGUAGUUGUUUCACUUAGUUAGUAAGAAUUAUUUUAUCUUGUUGGAAGAAUCUCUCACCCAGAAAUACAAUAUAUGAACCUGUUUCUGUGUUAAAUAUUUUGUUUUUUUUGUUUUAGUCUUUUUCUUUUUUAUCUUUUAUGGACUUUGAAAUAUUUUAAUGGGUUAGAUCUAUGGAAUUGAGAUUGAUGUAAUUCUGAAAUAGUAUUACGACUGUUAUAAAACUAUAUGUAUAUUCAGAGAAAGAAUAUCAUUGCUGCAGAAUGAACAAGCCAUUUUGUUAUCAAAUUUAAUGAAAUAAAGUGACUGA